GUGGCGGGGGGAGAGCAGGCUGCAGUCGGAUGUUGACAGGCCUGCUGGUGGGCUGGAGCUGUUACUGUCACUGCUAUCACGUUUCCAGUAGUCUCCACAUCUAGAAGUUUCCUGCUAACGUUGACAUAUUGUCCACAUCCGCAGCAAACCAAUGGCAACCGAACGCCGUUUCCCUGAUAGCUUCAUUGAUGAAGAUCCACAGAAAGCUCUGGAGGCGCUGAAUGAGGCCUUGCAAGGAGACUCCGACAACGCUGAGUGGUUUUGCCAGCGUGCCUAUGCCCACAUACUUCUCAAAAACUAUGGCUGUGCCGCUAAUGACGCUAAGAAAGCACAGCAGCUCCAACCCAGCCUUCCUCUUGCUUUCAUGCGAACAGGAAUAGCAGAGUAUCACCUGAACCACUAUGAGUCAGCACAUGCAGCCUUCACUCAGGGACACCAAAUGGACGUUUCUGACAAAUCGUUUGAGAUCUGGAUCAUGCGGUGUGAGGAGAUGAUGAGGGAGACGACACAAAACGGCAGCGUCAACAUGCAAACACCAGCAGUUCCACCUGUCAAACAUGACUGGUACCAAACAGAAUCUCAAGUCAUCAUCACAGUCAUGGCAAAAAACGUACCCAAGGAUGGUGUGUGUGUCAACUUCAUGGAAAAAGAGCUCUCUGCCACGAUACGGCUGGCGUCAGGGGAGAACUAUAACCUGCACCUCCAUCUCAUGCACCCCAUCAUCCCUCAACAGAGCAACUUCAAGAUCCUCACCACCAAGGUGGAGAUGAAGAUGAAGAAGACAGAUGCCAUCAGAUGGGAGAAGCUGGAGGGAGAAGGACAGGAGUCCAACAUCAAACACUUCAAUCCCAAUCUGUACCCAACGUCGUCUCACUACACCCGCAAAUGGGACAAGAUGGUGGUCGACAUCAGCGAGGAGGAGAAGAACGAGAAGCUGGAAGGAGACGCGGCGCUCAACAAGCUCUUCCAGCAGAUCUACAAGGACGGCUCGGACGAGGUCAAGCGAGCCAUGAACAAGUCUUUUAUGGAGUCAGGCGGUACGGUCCUGAGCACCAACUGGAAAGACGUGGGCAAGAGAAAAGUGGAUGUGAGCCCACCGGACGACGUGGAGUUGAAGAAGUACUGAAGUACUGAACACCCCCCCCCCCCCCUGUUUAACCUUACUGUUCUCUACCUUCGUUCAUACUGCUCUGCAGUCUCCAUGGCCGUCCACCUCCUCCUCCUCCUCCUCCCAGCCCCUCAGUUGUGUUGUUGCUCUGGUGUUUUCACUCCGCCUAUAAGUGCAGAGAGCCACAGCGUUCCUACUAUCACCACACCAAACCACACACACGGCCUGCUCUCUGCGAUAGCUUAACCACCAGAUGGGGUCUCUCUUCAUUUAAACACUCUGUUGAACAGAUUGAUUUGCAUUAUCUGAUUUUUUUUUUUUUGUUUUGAAGGCCAAUGGACUCGAAGGGGAACUGAGGUCUGGAUUUAAAAUGUGACUGAUAGACCUGAAAUGUUCUGAUUCAACUUAAAAAACUUUCAAAUCUGGUUUCCAAUCAUCCCUCUUCUCAACUCCUCUGUCUCUCCUGGUUUCCUGAAAAUGCCUACAGCCUUUCUAUUUGAGAGCCUUUUAUGACUUCUAUUUACAGCACUUGUAUACAAAUGUAAAGUUCUUAACAAUAAGAAUGAAUUGAGAUUGUUUCAAUGAUAUCCAUAAACGCAUCUUUUGGCUUAUUUUCUGUACACUCAGUAAAAACUCAGCAAUACUCUGCAAACUGACUUGUCUGGAAUCUGUAUCUGCCAGUGGCUUAGCGCCGGUCGUUCCCUCAGUGUGAUUCAAGCUUCAGUGUAAAUAAAAGAUUUGUUGUUUGGCUC